AUGGAGAAAAAACAGAAAAAUAAUUUGGUGCCAGAGGAAGCACUGGUGAAGAUUUUGGCUCGAUUAUCAUUGAAAUACAUUGCUAGAUUCAGAUCAGUGUGCAAAGAAUGGAAAUCGAUAAUCGAUUCCGACUUCUUCCGAGAUCUCUACGAGUCACUGAAAUCUUCCUCCUCCGUGUCGUGGUCAAUCAUGAACACAAGGAACAAAAGAGUGUCGGUUGAAAUCGUGGGACACCACGGAUGUGAGAGAUGGGGACUUACCAAUUCCCUAGGCUCUUACAUGCAUCACAUUCCCGAGACCAAAGUGAGAAACAAUUCUGUCUUGAGCUGCACGGAUGGAAUUGUAUUGCUUUACACCGAAACCGUCGAAGGAGAACUAAUGUAUCAUGUCGGAAACCCCUUGUUGCGACAAUGGGUACGGAUCCCUCUUCCUCCACAUCUCUCUGCUUUCGAUGUCGUGAGGUUACAGGAGAAUCGACAUUUCAGUGACAAUGGAUUGGUCACAAAGAUGGAAAAGGGUAUUGUCGUGGGCUACAAGGUUGUCUGGAUGUUGGCAUCAUAUCCAGCAUCUAAGGAACUCACUUUUAUGAUUUAUUCCUCUGAAACAGGAUUGUGGAUAACCAAGAAGGUGCGUUGUCUCCGUGCCUUGUUGUGGUCUAGACUAGGGUAUUCUGUUCCUUUGAACGGGAUUCUUCACUGGCUUGCUGCGUCUGGUUGCUCCCUGGACGCAGAUUAUGUUGUAUCCUAUGAUUUCUACAAAGGAUGUGAUGAUGAUCUUGACUGCAAUAUUAUACCUUUUCCUGGUAUCCAGCGAUUUGAACGGAAUCAGCGUUUCAAGAGAACAAUCACAACUUCUGCGGGAUCCGUGGUGUACUGCAACGUUUUCAACGAUAGUGGAGGUCGUACAAUCAGGGUUUGGAGGUUGGUCUCUACGAAAGAUCAUCCUAAGUCAUGGAAACUCUCGUGGAAACUCAACACCAACUCGUCUUUGAUCGGGUUUGGUGCUGAUUAUUUCCCCGUGGUGAUGCAUCCUUUGAACUCUGACAUCAUAUACUUGUGGAGUAGGAACAAGAACAGUUUGGUCUUGUUAAACUUGAGGACACACAAGUUUAGUCUUCACAAGGAGGUGCCCGAUGAGGAGGAGAACAAGUCUAUGGAUGGUUGCAACAUGAGAUUUAACGGUUGCAAGGCGUAUAUGGAUUUGAUCUAUCCAAUUUUCGUCAAUGAUAUAUUAGGUGGUUUUCACAACCUCUACUUUUCACAGUACGUUCUACCACGCUGGCUAAACCCACUCCCUCAGCUUUCUUCUUGA